UUUUGGCGCCUUUUGGGUUUUUGUUCUGUUUUGGAACUGGGCUUUCGUUCUGCCAGGUCUCUGUUUGCAGCCUCGCAUAGAACGCGGUGCUUAAUGCGCGAAAAAAAAUACAUUUGACUUGAAAAGCCGCAGUUUUCUGCAGCUGGAUACGCUUCGUUUCCUGAAAAAAAUUUUCUCCGACCAAUCAGAAAACAGCGGCUGUGACGGACGCGUAUGUUUGAACCAAUCAGUGGAGCGGGCAGGAACUGUAGCAGGAAGUCCCGCCCCCGAAGCCUCAGAUUGUCGGACCGAAGCGCACCUGGAAACGAGCCGAGUGUGUUCUGCUUUUUCAGCUUCGGAACCAGAUCAGCAUGGACACUGAUUUGUUUAUGGAGUGUGAGGAGGAGGAGCUGGAGCCAUGGCAACAGGUUGAUGACAGCGUGGAUGAAGAUGAGAUGGACUUCAUGGAACGAUAUGAUUGCGUGGAGGAUUCUCAGUCUCCACCUCCAGCCUCUGAGACGCCACCGCCAAGGACCCCCACCACACCUGCUGCUCCACCAGCUCCGUCACCUGCUCACACCUCAGGAGUACCCGCUCCACCACCUGCCACCUCCAUCUUCUCUCCUGGACGUCAGCCGGCACCCCUGGUGGCCAAGGCCUCGCCCCUCAUUCUGACACAAACAGCCAGUGGGACAUUUCUUCUGCCUGCAGCGCCUGGGGCAGGUAGCACCCCGCCCAUCCUCCUCACCACUCAGGGUUUUCCUGUGCAGACGAUGGUGAAUCCUGUGGUGCUGAACCUGCAGCGCGGUCAGACAGUCCAGCCACUCACUCUCAUUCAGUCACCAUCUUUAGGUCAGCUGGUGCGUCCUGGUGUCAGUGUUCCCUCAGUCUUGUCCCAGGGCCAGGCCAUCCAACCCAGACCGGGCCUGGCCCAUUCCGGUUCUGGCUUUACCACGAUGCAGCUUCCCUCCACCGUGACGAUCCGCACCAGCACACCUGGUCCUGCUAAACUACAGGUGAGCGGGGCAAACUCCCUGUCAGCCUCGGCCAACGGCGUCAGCAGAGCCCCGCCUCCCAUCAGCAGCGCAGCUUCUCUGGUGACCUCUAGGGUAACCUCAACUCCUCCCAAGGUGGUAAUGAGUGUGGACGACUUCUACUACGGGACGUUUGAUGGUGACCUGAGCUUAAGGAGGUCCAAGCUGCCAGGGGUCAAAUCCUGUGCCCACACCUGCCAAGUGUGUUUGUACCAAGCAGGCAACAACCUGAGGUUGAUGGAGCACACCCUCCUGCACUCGGAGCUGAUUGGAGGAGAAGCGGAUGGUCGGCCGUGCUGUCAGUACUGUUACCGUCACUUCUCGUCCUCCGUGCACCUGAACAGUCACCAGGAGCAGGUGCAUGGCCCCGCCCCCUCCACCUGUAUGUGUCGUAUAUGCGAGUGGGCCUUUGAGAACGAGCCAACCUUCCUCCACCACAUGAAGUCCAACCACCGACCGGGAGAGAUGCCGUACUUAUGCCAGGUGUGUUUGUUCCGUUCAUCCUUCUACUCAGAUGUCCUGCAGCACUUCAGCACCUUCCACAGAGACUCUCGCUUCCUCCUCUGUGUCUUCUGUCUGAAAGUCAACAAGAGCCCCAGCAGCUACCAGCUGCACCUGCUCCGACACCAGAAGAACCAGGCCUUCCACUGCAACAGGUGUCGUCUGCAGUUCAUCCUGCUCAAGGACAAGAUGCAACACAAACUGGCAAACCACCGCAGCUUCCGCCGGCCUGCUCAGCUGGAAGGUUUGCCACCAGGGUCAAAGGUGACGAUCAGGACCUACGGGAAGACGAGGAGUCCUCCUUCUGCAAGGGGCAUACAGCGCCUCAAUAACCCCGCCUCCUUCGUCAAGCCAAUCACCAUCCAGACGGGGCUCCAUAAGCCAGCCAUCCAUAGGACGUCUCUGCCCAACAAGACUCCCGACGUCGUUGAAGCCUCUCCUGGCGAGUCGGACCGCUGGUGGGAUGUCAGGCACUAUGCAGAGAGGUCAAUCCUCAUGCUGCAAAUUCCCCACGUGUUUAGCUGCAGACAGUACCGUGGUAACAUCCCUGGGGCGAUGAAACUCGAUAAUGACGGGGCGAGGGCGGCCGUCAGCAGCAGGUGGACCAGAUGUGCGGUGAGCACGGUCAAUGGAGAUGUCAGAGACGGGAAUCAUCGUAUGUCGUGUGACCGAGCCAUUAAGGUGGCCAAGAAUUUGAAAACAGAGACUAUUGAUAGCUCCAAAGCUUUGGCCAAAGCGAGGAAAACUCAGACGAUUUUGCCGUUUGAUGGCGACAAGUUGACAUGUUUGGAGUGCAACACCAACGCUUCAGACUUCAGCGCCCACUAUCCAACGCACGUCCACUGUCUGCUGUGUUCCUACAGCACGUGCUGCUCCAGAGCCUACGCCGGCCACAUGAUCGACCAUCAUGUGCCGCGGUCCACAGAUGGAGCCCGUCCUCCGCACAGACGACCUCCUCCCUGCCCCUUCAUGCUGCGGUGUUCAGACUGCGAUUUGACAGCCUGGACCGCCGAUCACAUGGCUCAACACCUGCUCAUGUACCCAGAACACGAUGGUGCCAUCUGUAGGCCGAGGACUUACACAGAACCUGACAUCCAGUUCUGUGAUGACGAUGAUCUGUGUCCUUCAAAGGGACAGGACUCACAGCAGGACAUGGAUAUAACCGAUCUGUCCUGGAGAUCAGCAGAGUGUUGGAAAAGACCGGUGGAAAGUGCCCCAGUCACCAUUUCCUCAUUCACACAGAGCUGUGGACCUCAACAUCAGCUCUCCAGGAACAGCGACGCCAUCGACUUCUUUACUCUUCUCUUCCCAUCAGUGCUCAUGGAGCUGAUCACCAAUGAGACAAAUGCUCAUGCUAAGACCUGCCAGUAUCUGGAUGGCAGCCAACCAGACUGGGUUCCUGUUACCAUCCAUGAAAUCAAAGGUUUCAUUGGGCUGGUUAUCUUAAUGGGGAUCCAGAACCUACCUGAUCUGUCCCACUACUGGUCUUGGAGUCACUAUGACAAUAGCUAUACCUUCUACCGUGCCAUGAGCUACAAGCGCUUCAAGCAGAUUGCUGCUAACAUCCGCAUGGGAAGCUUCACCACAGAUGAGUAUCGUUGUAGCAGUACCUCCAGGGACUCACUGCACAUAUUCAGGCCCAUGUUGGACAUUCUGGGCAGAGCCAUGUGGGAUGUGUACCGGCCAAAUAGUUGCCUGACCAUAGACAGAGCUCUGCUGCCCAGUCUGGACGAUAACAGUGACCACGUCAGAGGGAAGCCAAAGACCCAGCCUCAAGUGUGGCUUCUUUGUGACUCAAAGUCUGGAUAUUGCCAUCAUUUCUUCAUCCAGGUGGGGGAAAAAGCUGGGGAGGACCCAGGAUUUCUUGUGGUGCCACAGCUAAUGAAGGAUUUGCAGGACAAACACCAUCAGCUCUAUCUGGCCAGCUCACUUGCUUCUGUGCCACUCAUGCAGAAGCUUUUGGACAAGGGCAUCUAUACCUCAUGCUCAUUCCCUCAGUCCAGCUCCAUUGUACCCAGAGAGCUGUGGGACAGUGGAGCGCUUGAGAAACCUGGAGACUUCCUCCAGUGGCAGUUCGGUCCCCUGCUGGUCACUCGCUGGAGGGACACCAAAGAGAUGGGCUGCUUGUCGACUAACGCAGCAUCAGGGGAACCGGACACAGUCUGGAGGAGGUCACAAACCAAAGUGGGUGGCCUGGAUCCUAUCCAGCGGCCCAUGGCGUUCCGCCUCCUGCAGGAGAACAUGCGAGGUGUCGACAUUUGUAAGCAGCUGCUGGCCUGCAAUCCGCUGGGAGGAAUUGCCCAUGAUAGACACUGGCGCAGCCUCUUCUGGUUUCUAGUUAACCUGAGCAUCGUCAAUGCCUUUAUUGUGCUGCGGGAGAGCCGCAAAGAAAACCCACCCGCCUGGGUGCAAGACGGCCUUUUCACACAGGUCAACUUUCGUAAGCGACUGGGCAAUCAGCUGGCCAAGUGUGCCCAGAAGUACUUGGAGACCAUGGAAAUGGCUAGCUCUCGUGGCAUGAGGCGUGAGGUGACCGAGCUUCCUGUGAAACAACGACACAGGCUCAUUAAGGUCAGCGGCAUAGCCAAGAGAUGCAAGAACUGCAUCCCAAAAAAUAUUCGCAGUGAGACUGUGUAUGGCUGUUCCGUCUGUAAAGCCAACCUGUGUAAAGACCCCGCCUGCUUCUGGGAGUUUCACGGCCUGUCACCAAUCAACAAAGGAUCGUCAAAAAUUGGAUUUGUUAAGGACAGAAUAAGUGGGGAAGUGGAAGUGGACGAGGUUACAGACAACAUGGACGAGUCCUUGGCACCUGUGGAGGAGAUGGACUUCUCUGAAGAUGAGGGCAUGGAAGAUUUGGAUGAUGUAGACUAUGAACCUGAAGAAACAAAGGAAGAAUUGAAUAAAGAGGUCCAAAGUCCGUCAUCUCAUCCAGCAUCAACAGCAACAAACAGCCAUGUUCCAGCAGAAAGCGGUCUGUCCGUGUCCAAAGAGCGAGAGGACUUCCUCACUGCCCGGCAGCUGAGGAUUGCUCUGUUCGCGCUGUGUGACGGCAUAUAUAGGGCAUCUCAGGACUUUUCCACUGAGCCACAACUCAUCCGGUCUUGGCUGAAAGAGGCCAGGAAACAUUUGAGGCAAACCAAACAAGAGCCUGACCUCCAUGGUGAAGGUGGAGAACGCUUGGUGGCCUGGGUACUGUCCAUGCGUGAGCAGCAACUUCCCAUCACUGAGAGCAACCUCUUCCACAAGGCCUCCAUGCUGAAGAAGAAUGGAAGUUUCAGUGACUCCUUCCGGAUCUCGUACGACUGGGCUGUCAGCUUCAUGCUGCAGCACCGGCUCGGGCUGCGGCGUGUCGGUAGAGCACCCACACUUGCGUCAGUCCUACCACCUUCCUUGGAUGAAAAGGUGAAGUCCUUUAGGGAAUUUACCAGGAAGCUCAUCCAGGACUGCCAGCUCCCAGACGGCGCUGUAGCCACUCUGGAUGAGCUCUGUCUCUUCCUGGAUUUGAGUUUAGUCCAGGUCAGGUGUCGUCGUGCAGAUGCUUUGAAACUAUCUGCUUCUUCAUCACCUCUGGUCACGGUCUACCUAACAGCGCUGGCCGAUGGUACUUUGCUGCCAUCACUGGUGCUGGCCAAGGCCAAGGUUUUGGACAAAUGUGUCUCAGACUACAUCCUGCUGGAGUCUGUGACAGAGACACUGUCAGCAGAAGAAGCUUUGGAUCGCUGGACAAAUAGGAUUUGGAUUCCACACUUAUCAGGACAGUCAUGGAAAGGGGUGCUUGUGUUAGACCGACACCAAGAACACAUGGGGGAUCCCUUCCUCACAGCUGUUAGUGAGUCGGGCGCCCUCCCAGCGAUGAUCCCUGCUGGCUGCUCCUCCCAUCUUCAUCCCCUGGAGGUUUGCAUGAAACCGGUACUACAGCGCUUCCUGCUGUCCCGCUGGGCAACAUUUACUGCUGGAGAUCCAAAGGAUUUAGAUGAGACUUCAUCAGAGUGCCUCCAAGGACAUGUGGUCCAGCUGCUGGUUGGGUGGCUGGCAGAAGCACUGACUUAUGUGGCGAAUCGCCCCUCACUUCUAAAGAAGUCGUUCCACCUGACAGACCUUCUGCCCAGACUGGAGGAGGAGGAGGAGAAACCCAUAGGACAGAGUGCUGAGGAGAGUCAGUCUGAGCUCCUCAACAGUCUGUCUGAGGCUCUGAUGGGCGCUGAGGCUUUGAAGACGGAUUGUCCCGAUAAGGUGGAACUGGAAGAUGAAGAGUCCGCAGACGAGCUCCAGGAGCAGGACAAAGGACCCGGGUCAUUGGGGGAGAUACCAGAGCGUGAAGACCAGGCUGGUGUGGGUGAAAUGGAAGAGGACCACGAGGAACAUGUGAAGGACACAGAGAAAAAUGGGGACCUGUCUAUGCAUGGCGGGGAGGAAGAGGAGGCGGCUUUUUGGAAGAUUGGAGGGAACAGGGACGAGAACAUUAAAGAAGUAGAGGAGCAGAGUGAGGAUGAGAGGAAGGAGACAGAUGAAGACAGUGAGGAGGGAGAAGGUAUGAAGGAGCAUGUUCAGGAUGGAGUAAAGGAGCUACACAAGGAUGAAGAGGAGGAUAUUAAAGAAGGGGGUGAGGACAGCGAAGAUGAAGGGAAGGAGAUGGUGGAGGACACAGAGGAGGCAAACAAGGAGAGACGCGAGACCAGGAUUGUUAUCGGGGAGGAGGUGGGAGACGAGUGGAAAAUAACAGUGAAGAGUAGAAGUGUUCCAGAUGAUUCCAUAGAUGAAAGCUGAGGAAUCAUCCGUAUCCCUGUGGAUCCUAAAGACUGAGGACCAGUUUGCCCCCCCCCCCCCCCCAAAAAAAAU